CAGAAAGAACAGUAAAAAUGCAGGCAGGGCGCCGGACAAAGCACUCGGAACACAAUGUAUGUGAAAUGUCAUUUUUUAAAAUUUUCAAAUUUGCUGCCAGUUCCAGCGCCCGUACGUCCCCGACGUCACAAGACCGUCACAAGGAAGCCGGAUGCCGGCAUCGGCCGGAGGAGAUGGCCGGGGACGCUGCAGGGGACGCAUCGCGGGAGUGCAGGACAAGGUAAGUGCUGCAGGGAAUCCCUGUGCAACGCUGCAUGGUAAGCCCGAGUGUAGCUCGGGGGGGGUUACCGCUUUUGGUACUGAAA